CAACGCUCUCUCAGUAUCCUAUUGACGGUGUGACGUGACGGUAGUGCGUCGAAAUUCCCUCUCGUUGUUGCACUCUUUCUCACCCCCACAUCUGCUCAAAAUUUGCGUCUAUGAGUGAAGGAAUCUUGUAAAAAUAUUCCCAAGGGAUACUCGCCAUUUUCGGGGAUACUAUCUACUGUGUCGAGACGGAGGAUGAUGGAGGGCCGAGGAGGAGGAGCCUUGAUUUUGAUGAUAUUAUCGUCAACGGCAGUUCUGGCUGGAUCAACUAAAGUGCAAUAUGCGGUCGAAUGCACGGGACAGGAGAUGGUUGUCCGCGUGGACGCAGAGGGCGUUGAAGGUGUCGCCCUGGAGAAAUGGGGCGAGCUUCCAGGCUGCGAGGCUUCGUUCCAGGACAACCAGUACGUACUGAGGCUUCCUCUCGACAACGAACUUGUCUGCGGUACGACCAGGGUCAAGAACAAGCUGACGGACGAGACCGUGUAUUACCACAGAGUAGCUGUGACAUCAGACCACAGGACUGUUGUCAAGUUAGUGAAAUGCAGAGUCGCUCCAGACAACUCCACCAUUGACAACAUCGUCAAGAGGGAUGUUCUGCCACCCGAAUUUGAGGAACCAGACUUCAUCGAAAUAACAUCGGAGGUAUCCGGCACGGCACCAAUUCCCAUCCUGAACGUUGGCGUGAGGCAGAACGGCAAUUUGGUUGGUGGUCAGAUCAAUGUACGACCGGGAACUCCUCUGACAAUGGAGGUGUAUUUGGAUAACCUAUCUGCUGGUACUUAUGGUAUUUUGAUGAAUUAUAUGGAAGUCACAGACACGCACGACAAGAGAGAAACUAUCAUAUUCAAUGGGUGUUCCAUUGAUCCGGUUUUGUUUGAUAACUUUGUAACAGAAGACGGUGAUCUCGUGUCUGCAAAAUUCAGAGCUUUCAAAUUCCCAGAGACAAACUAUGUUCUCUUCAGAGGUACUAUUGACGUAUGUCUGGAUAAAUGUCAAGGGAUUGCCUGUAGUAAUGGCCAAAUUGGAUAUGGACGUCGACGUAGGGACGUGGGUGGGCGUCAGGCAGACCCAAACAAGAUCUUUGAAAUUACAAUGAUGACAUUCUUGAAAAUUGAUGAAAAACUCAAUGGAACACGAAAAAGCAGCUUGAUAGUUGAAGAGGACAUGGAUGGCGUUGCAAGAAUGACUAAUAAAAUGACUGAUGAUUUGCCUCAUGGUAUGUCCAACAGUAUGGUUGCUGUAGAACAAGCCAUUGAAAGUACUGAUGAUGCUUUGACCUGGAAAUCAUCAGAUGAUUACAUUGCUGUGAAGUCAUCACAAGGGAAUGAGCCAGCUUUCAUCUAUUUCAGUAGCGGACUGAAAUUGACCAGCAGUUUGUAUUUGACACUAAUUUCUUUAGUACUAUUUUUAUUUCAGUAAUUUUCACUGAGUUGACACAGUGCUAACCAUUGGCCAAAUUUUAUUUGGAAAAUUGGAAUAUUUGCUUUGUUUGUUACUUGUCAAGUCAAUAUGUCCUUGAUUGCAUUAAUUAGUGAAUGGGCAAGUUAUAUCCAAAAGCAAAAUCAAAAGAACGAAUUAGAAAAUUACUUCUUAUUAAGCUUUAAAUUUGUACUUUGAUGAAUUUUCAUUGAAGGUUUUGCAUUUUUCCUUUUAUAAUCUUUGCCUUGUGUUGAAAGUAUUCAUUUCUUGGAUAAUCUUAGUUGCGUUCAUGUCUGUCUACUUGCAAAUUACACAAAGUUGUAUAGUAGAGAAGUUCCAAGUCAAAAGCAAUUAAUUUCAAGAGUCAAGUUAUGACAUGCAAAUAAUUUUAAUACACAGUCAUUUUGUACAAAAAUCUGAUAGUCCUGGAAAUAUACUUAACUUCUUAAUCUAAUAGUACUUUUGUACAAUAGUAUGAUAUAUUUUUUUAAACUAGCAGUCCACAGAUGAAACUGUAAAAAAAAAUACUUAUAAUACAAGGCAAAAAUGUGAUAUUUGUGUUGUAUAAUGUCUGAAAUGUGCCAUUGAGUGGUGGUUUGUGAAAUGUAGAGCAAUCUGUAGACAAAAAUUUUAAAUUAAAGGUGUACAAAAAUAUUGUAAAUUUAGUAUAAAUACUGUAAUGUAGACAGUCCCCUUCAAACAAAAGGAGUUCAGUAUGUUAAUUUUGAGCUAGUUUUACUUAUUGGUGUUUAAACUAAUUUUGUUAACCUUUUAAUAAAAACCAUAAUUUACACCAAAUAUAAGACACUAAAUGGCUCUCUCUACAGAUUACUCAACAUAUUUAAAAUGUUUUCCCAGACACUUUUUAAUGUGUGCCACAUUAGUGUACCAUAUUUGUAUACACACCAUUUCUGAUGUCUUUAAUUCAUCUGAUGCAUUUUUAGUUUCAAGAUCAACAACUCUUUAUGUGAAAUAUAAGGGAUGAGCUGCAUUUCACAAGUACCUAUAGUACUCGGAUUCUAGUUGCUGGUACCACAGUAGCAUUAAUUCUAUACACUUAAUUUUUUAUUAAUGGGAAAAUGAUGCUCCUGCAUCGUAUUUUAAUAUCUAUGUCACUUUGGUGUUGGUUACAUAUCUUACUGAUCUUUAAACGUCUAUUGCCUGUGCUCAUAAUGCUGCAGUCUAGUGUGCUCGAUAUUCUGCCAUUAUGAUUACAAACAUUUUACCAAUAUUUAAUGCAGAAUCCAUUUGCUGGCUAAGGCUUGCCUAAAAGCUAAAUGGCAAGUAACUGUAUUAUAUACUUCUGGUAAGAUGCCGAGUAAUUAAGUACUGAGAAUAUUGAGCACCUAAUUAGACUUGAUUGUGUCACUGAUAGUUUAAGUGCAAACUGACUUUGGCACUGAAGUCUUACAUGAUGUUGACCUUGAGGUCGUUAACAGCAACUAACAAUGUGCUUGUACAGCUGUAUAUUAUAAUUCCUAAGUAAAAUAAAUUAGGAUUGUUUAAA